AUGCUUGGACUCAUCCCCCCUGAAGUAACACCAGAAGAUGAAGAAUGCAAUGCUCUCUUAAAUGAAACACUGUACAGUGAUGCAGAUAAUAGCAAACCAUUGGGCAAGUAACAAAUAUGGAUACUUCUGCAAUCCAUCAAAUCUCCUGAACUAAUAUAGAGACCUUUUGUAAGGGAAUGGCAGAAAGAAGAGGACGGCAUUAACAUUUGUGUGCAACAAAUGUGACAGGGCUACUACAGCUGUACUUGCAAAUCUGUUUUUUGUCGUGAUCUUCACUUUGCAUCACCGUGUUAUGGUCUUUUACAAAAAGAUCUGUUGUUGAAGGAAGGUAAAGUUUGGCAGAAGUUUUUUUUUAAACAUAAUAUUAUUGUCAAACUUGUCACACAGACGUGCUGUCUUCUUUCCUCUGCUGUCAUAUCAGGUACAUUUU